CAAACGCGACUGAUUUUCUUCUCCCUCGAGUUAUCCAAAUCCAGAUUCCAAUGGCCGCAGCGUCGCCUGAGAAAAUCCAAGCUCGUCACUCCAUCAACCACCUCUCCUACUUCUUUCAAUCCACCGCCUCGAAUCUACACUCUCUCAUCAACGCCAAUACGCCGUCGUCUUUUCCGUCUCAUACCGCCCCUCCUCCCCGGCCGGUCACCCCUCUUCUCUUCUCGGAGUCCACGCCGCACCCGCCCCCGUUAUUGCACUCUUCCCCUUUCGAAUCGCCUGACUCCAACUCCUCGUGUCCAACUCCGUCGUCCGCAAUCAAUGGCAUGUCUUCUAGGUCCGAUUCUGGAUUCCCCGGCCCGGUUAGAAUUUCCGGUCUAAAUCCCGGCGGAAAAGGCGGGCCGGCUUUUGUCGGCCAGGUUUUCAGUAUGUGCGACCUUUCAGGCACCGGUCUUAUGGCUGUCUCCACGCACUUCGACAUUCCCUUUCUGUCUAAAAGGACACCAGAGUGGCUCAAGAAGACAUUUGCAGCAGUUACAAAGAGUGAAAGAAAUGGCCCUGUGUUCCGUUUUUUUAUGGAUCUGGGUGAUGCAGUAUCUUAUGUCAAACGGCUGAAUAUUCCAAGUGGUGUGGUUGGUGCAUGCCGCCUUGAUUUAGCAUACGAGCACUUUAAGAAAAAACCCCAGUUAUUCCAAUUUGUUCCAAAUGAAAAGCAGGUCAAGGAAGCCAAUAAACUUCUCAACACAAUGCCACAGAAUGGUAGAAGGAAGCGUGUGGAUGGUGUUCCUGUUUUUAGUGCUCGAAACCUGGAUAUCGCAAUAGCUACAAAAGAUGGUGUUAAAUGGUAUACUCCUUACUUCUUUGACAAGAGCAUGCUAGACAACAUCCUCGAAGAUUCAGUUGAUCAGCAUUUCCAUUCAUUGAUUCGUACAAGACACUUUCAACGCCGGCGGGGUGUUAUGGAUGACAAUAUUGGCAAUAUUGCUUCUGAUUUAGUUGAAGAGAUGGAUAAUAGCAUAUGGGAACCUCCAGAGGAACAAAAGUUGGAUAACAUAUGGGAGCCUCCAGAGGAACAAAAGUUAGAUAGCACAUGGCAGUCUCCAGAGGAACAAAAGUCAGAUAGCAUAUGGGAUCCUCCAGAGCUUCAGGAGGCAAUGAAUGAAAUCUUCCCAGAUUUUCCUUUGAUGAGUGCCAUUUCAAAGGUUGCUGAAAUUAAGCUCCUAGAUGCUGUUGAUGAAGUUGUUCUGGGGAAUAGAUGGCUCCGGAAAGCAAUUGGAGUUCAACCAAAAUUUCCUUACAUGGUUGACUCUUUUGAAAGAAGGAGUGCAGCUUCUCUCCAGAGAGCAUGCAAGUCAUCCAGUAUUGAUGCCAUAUCCGAGUCAGAUAAACAAUUAAAUUGCAUAGGUUCUUCAGCAAACAAAAUGGAUUCUGUACCAGAUAAGCGAAGGCUGGAUCUCCAUUACCCUUUUAGUGAUUGGUUGUCUCUUCCCUGGCUAAACCAACAGCAGAGGCAAAAUAAUAUUGCAGACAAAAAGGAAGUGAAAGGAAAUGAUCCAUAUCCAUCUGCUUUUCUUCCAAAGAUUACAAUGGUUGGAGUGUCAAUGGGGGUGCCUGGCCAGAUGAACAAAUCCACACUGAAGAAGACUAUGGAAGAUCUGACAAAAGAGUUGGAGCACAACGAUCAAAGAAAUCUUGCAGGAAACAACAAUGAAACUUUGGUCUGUGAAGAGAGGGAUCCCCUUUUUAUAGCCAAUAUUGGCGACCAUUUGAAGGCUGUUCAAAGGAAAUUUUUUGCAUCACAGUUUUGAUUCAGGUUCAAUAAAUCACCUACCCAGUAAUACAAGAGGUAAAGUUUUAGGAAUGCAAAUAUCUGUUCCUUGAGGGGAUAACUUCAUUAUCUGCUACCAUUAUUACAUUGUUACAGCUAGUGGUGCAGAUGGAUGAUGGAGAUCAUGUAAUGAUAUGAUGGUGGAGAUGUUAGUUGAGGUAUUUUCCCCCAAGGCCAUGUAACUUUAACUGAAUAUUAUUGUUACAAAGGCUCAGUUUUUGUAACUUGGAAACAAGGUAGCUGAUAUGCCUUGACACACCAUCAUCAUUUUCAUGUCAUAUUUCCUUGUAAUAUAAAUUAGGCUUUAUAAUCUUAUUAAUAAGGAUGCAUUUGGUUCAGGUAA